UCAUUAUUCAUCUCUCCGGACAGACAGAAACACUUCUGAAUUAAAAAAAAAUUUGCAGACGGAAGCGCAAAAAAAAAAAUCUAAGCUUUCACGCCAUAAUCUUUUGGCGAUUGGGCUUCGCUUUAAUCAAUGCUUGCCUUCGGCUUCCAAGCAUCGCUUUGCGUUUUCCCUUCUCCAUCUCCCUCUCUCCACCGUUGAUUUAACCCUCUCAUCCACCAGUCCUCCUCCUGCCGACCCGAUGCGUGCGCGGAAUUCGCUCUGAAAGCCCGCACGUUUCCUCCCUCCCGGAAAGAGACCCGCAUUCGGAUUCUGGGUCCGUCUCCAAUUUCCGCGAUACCCUCGAACCCGCGGGCCGAUUUCGGCGAUCGGGUUCCUUAAAGUUUCGAUUUUUAUUUCUGGGUUUUCUUUCUUGGGUACUCGAUGACUUACUAUGAGGAAGCCGAGGUGGUUCCGGAGCUGAGGGUGAGGGUCGGAGAGGGGGGCGAGGGGAACAAGGGGAUUACCACGACCUUGCGGUGCGAGAUCGUCCGGGGAACGGCGAAGCCGGGGGAGACUCCUUCUCCGAGGAGAAGUUGUGGGCGGCUGGUGUGGUAUUUGGUGAAACUGUUCUUGCUGUUUUCUUGCCUGGGGUUGUUGGCUGGGGUUUGCAUCAAAUGGGUCUGGCCGUUUCUCAUGGACAAGGAAGUUAUCCCCAUAAUAAACUGGGAGACCACAACAUUUAGCACUCCGGUUCUUGCAGUUCUAGUCUUUGCUUCUGUGGCUAUAUUCCCCACCCUGCUCUUACCAUCAACCCCUUCCUGGUGGGUUGCUGGAAUGACUUUUGGCUAUGGCUAUGGCUUCCUGCUGAUUAUGUCAGGAGUAAUUGUGGGUGUAUCACUUCCUUAUUUCGUUGGCUCUCUCUUCCACCAUAAAAUUCAAAACUGGCUGGAAAAACAUCCAAAGAGAGCUUCCCUGAUAAGGUCAGCUGGCAGAGGAAAUUGUUUUGACCAGUUUCGAGCUGUUAUUUUGAUCAGGAUAUCUCCAUUCCCUUAUAUUUUAUAUAACUACUGUGCUGUGGCAACAAACGUGAGAUACCUACCCUACAUUCUUGGGUCGCUGAUCGGUGUCGUGCCAGAAAUUUUUAUUGCAAUUUACACGGGAAUUCUGAUAAAAACUCUUGCUGACGCAUCUCACGAUCAGCACUCACUAUCUGCUCCCCAGAUAGUCUUUAAUGUGCUUGGCUUCUUGGGGACAGUUGCUACCACGAUUAUUUUCACUGUGUAUGCGAAAAGGCAACUCAAAACAAUUCAGAUGGAAGAGGAGCCAUUACUAGAAUGAGAUGGCUCCUGCACUGGGUUGAAAUGUAAAGAUUUGCACUCAGAGUACGCAUAAGGUGGCACCUCUGAUGGCAAUGCGCACUGCAGGAUGAGGUUCAUUUAUUUUGGAACUUCAAUCUGUGGUGAAGUCGAUUCUUAGUGUAAAUGGCGUUCGAGUAUUGGUGAUGGUUGGGAGUCAAGACUGGUAUCUAACAUGAUUCUACUUUCUGGAUCGAGCAUAGGGGGAACUUUUCAUGUCGCAAGAUUUGAAUCAUUUCGAUACUCUGAAACAACACAACACGGGGAUACGGCAAGAACCUGAUCUUCCCUAUUGCCAUAUGAUGCCUCAUCCUUUAGGUAAGCGAGUUUCUUUACUAUAAGCUGUAUAGGGGUUGAAUCUGUUUUAGAAGUUACAAGCCAAUUCAUGCAGAUUCUUGUCUGUAUAUACGAAUAUCAAUCAGAUUGACUUGGAAAUUCUUGUGGUUACCGUGUGCUUUCUAUUAACGGGCAAAUUCGUACGGAUAGUUGCCUUUUGUCCGUGAGCCGUAUCUCUAUUCUUAUCAUUAUUAGAGCGUGAUUAGGGGAAAUAGGAAGCCGGCCAUGUGGUGGGUCAUAGUUUCAGAUGUUCUGUUUUGGGUGUUUGUGCAUUUGAAUUUUCACUAGAAACCCGACGAUUAUCAGGUGCUUUUUGUAUAAAUAUAAAGAAACUCGAAUAUAUUA